AUGGCGGGUGGGGUCGACCUGGAUUGGCUGUGCGGCGUGGUGGCCCGCCACGCGCCGGCCUUCUUCCUGCACCCAGCCGACCGCUUCAUGCCCUGCACAGCCGAAUUCUUCCUGCAGCACAGCGAGCUGCGGGCAGAGGUGGACGGCAGGAGCGCCCUGCUGCUGCCGCAAGGCAGCGUGGCAGCGCCGCUGCUGCUGGAGGCGCAGCGGGCGGUGCCGCCAGGCUGCCGCCUCUGGCUCAACCUCGACCCUGCCGCCCGCCGGGGCAUGCCCCAGGAGGCGCUGGAUGAUGUGCCCAUUUUCGCACACCCCAAGCUCAUCCUGGGGCCCGACGGCUGCACGGUGGAGGCGCUGGAGCUGACCUACAUCACGCUGUAUGCGCACAACGGCGCGUACCGCGUGGGUGGGGUGGGGCUCAUCAAGACUGGUGACCACGAUGGGGACUGGGAGCACUGCACCGCCAGGGUGCACCCGACUACUGGGGAGCUGCUGGGCAUGUGGUACAAUGCGCACCGCUGCCGGGACGGCUGCUGGGUGGCGGGACCACAGGUGCCGCGUGACCCGCAGACCGGGCGCGUGGCGGCCUAUGUGGCGCUGCACGGCCACGGCACCUACCCGCGCCCCGGCCGCGUCCUGCGCCACUUCUUCCUCGGCAACGACCUGUGCAGCGGGGCGGGCCCCGUGUGGCGCCCGCGCCGGGUCGUGCUGCUGCCGCCGCUGCACCGGGAGGCAGAGGCGGCCGCCGCGGGCGAGGCGCUGGCUCCCAUUGGCGCCACCGACUGCCACGGCUCCGUGCGCCUGGAUGAUGCCCCAGCAGAGCAGCAGGGGGACGAGGGCCAGGCGGACAGCUUAGAGGCCGGCCUGGGCGCCCUCAGCCUUGCAGGGCAGCAUGCAGCAGAGGAUGGGAGAGCCGCGCCCGGAGGCAGCGGCAGCGGCAGCGGCUACGUCAGUAGCGGCAGGCCUGUGCGGCGGCUCGGCAGCCGCAGCCUGCUGCAGGUCCCGUCUCGGGGCUCCUCCCUGUCCUCUACUUCCGCAGACGGCGUUGUGCCGGCAGCCAACGGCGGCGCGCCUGCUGCCAACAGCGGCUGUAGCGGCAGCUCGGUGCCAGAGGUGGUUGUGGAUGACCCCUGUGAGUGGAUGUUCUUCCGAGGGGACUGGGGCACCAUUGAGGCGCCCAUCCGCCAGGCCUGGUUUUCGAGGGCCGAGCCGCCCGUGUCCAGGACCUCGCUGCUGCGCAUUUUCGGCCAUUUUGUGCCCGAGCCAUCCUGA